ACACAGCCCGCCCCCAGCCGCGCCGCUCCUCGCCUCCGCCUCCUCUCGCCGCCGCUUCACCGCGGGCGGCGCGGGGGCAGUCGGGGCAGCGCGUCCGGCCGCGGAGCGGGGACGGAGGCGGUUGCGGGGCCCAUGACCGCCUGGCGCGGCGGAGGGAUCUGGCCGAGGAAGGGGAACGAGGCCCGGGCCGCCCCGCACGGCCGUGUGUGCGGGAAGAAGUCCUGCUCCGGGAUCCCUCCGCGCGGUGCUGCCCUUUAAACACGGGGGACUCGCCGCCGCGGGGCGCGCACUGGGAUGGAGCUGGGAUGCGUCUCCUUGUGCCGCCUCGUGGGUCCCCUGCCGUGCUGGUCUCGGGGGUCCGGGAGGCGACAGUUUCCCCCUGCCCCGCCUGAGAGGGGAGUGAGACCGCAAACUCAGAUCUUCCGGCACCUGCUCCCCCCCGCGCCUCUGCCUGACAGAGGCAUUUAGAAAUGGCCCCCGCGGGCUGGAGGGGCUGGAACGGCACGUCCCUCCUUUCCCCUCCUCUGUCCGGGGCAGCGGCGGCGGGGCCUGUGGCGGACGGUGGUCGCGGCCUGUACGGGGCCGUGGCGGCAGGAGCGCCCCCCCGGUGGCGGGGCGGGGUGCGGCCGUGCCCCCGCGCCCGAACAAAGGCGGCGCCGCCAGUGUCGCGCCCCGUCGCGAUAGCGGGGCGGGGAGGCACGGCUACGAUACCGCCUGAGGGCGGGAACGGGCAGAAUUACACGCGAUUGUGGGGAAAAAAAGCUUGUUAAUGCUGUAGCUUUGGAGCGGUACUACGUUCGUGGGGCUUGGAAAGCUCGGAGGGCAACGUUUUCCUGCUGGAAGUUCAGGAAUUGUACGAUGUGCGUGAUGUUUCAUGGUGCAUAUUCUGUAUUUUGUUGUACAAUAAGCUUGUGGCAGUACAAAGUAUUCUCGAAUAGGAGCUUUAUUUUUAUAAGUUUUUCAAAGCUUUUAGAUUGUUUAUUCUAAGGCAACCAGAAACAUCUGUGGAAGAGGGAAAGCUUUUCCGUGUAACACCUAUCCUGUCAACAGCUACUCACCCAGAAUACCAAAAUCUCAGCUUUAUGCAUAGUCGGAUGCUAAAGGUUUUCAAUUGAACGUAAUUUUGCAUGUGACUUUGUUUGAUUUUGCUUUAAUAACACCAGUGAGACGAUACUUGGAAAUGCCAUGUGUCUCAACAAGCCAAAUUGCUAGGCAAAUUGAUUUUACUCUAAUUUGAUAACAAGAAAUUGCAUCUGAAGCUGAGAUUUUGCCUGCCCAGUUGCUAAACCAGGUUAAGAUAGACUUUUACAGGUGAAUUAUAAAUGUCUAAGAUAUUUAAUUCAAACCAGAAUGGACUGUCAGCAGCAUUGCACUGUGAUAAUCUUAGUAACAAUGUGUGUAUAUUGUUUUGUAGUGCACCAGGUUGCUCUGUAGGUUUAUGGGAAUGGCUACAGUCCUCUUGGAAGGUUGGAUAUUACUAGAUUGGAACAUGCUGACUUCAGUCUUUAUGGCAACAAGAGUUUUCUAUAGCUCUGGCAAUGGCUGGUGAAUCCUUAGUGUGAUUGAAAGCAGCACACAGAAAAACCCCUAUUUGCAUCCUUUCCAGCAGGUGAUCUGGUGACAAAGCUCUGGCUACAUCUGAAAGGACAAUUUUUUUUUUUUUCCCCCCAGAAUUCAUUUUUCUGAGACUUAUUUCUUUUUGUAACAAUUACAGAAGCUUAAUGAAAAAAUAAUCACUAUUUCCAAUUCAAUUACAGUUUGUUAUUUCUUCUGCAUUGAAAUGUUUUUGCAUUGUAGGCCUUUGAGUCAAUAGGACAAAAUACUGUCUUUGAAAGUAAGAAAGCUGGGUGAUCAGACCAUGGUCAAAUUAUAAUAGGAUGCUUCAAGAAUAAGUUUACUAUGUUAAAUAUGCCUUUAUGCCUUUUGGUUUGUUGUUAUUGUUGGAUUUUGUUUGUUUUGUUUGCUUGGGGGUUUUUGUGGUUUUGUUUGGUUUUUUGUGUUUGUUUGGGUGGUUUGUUUUGGUUUUUUGGGGGUUUUUGGUUUUUUUUGGUUGUUUUUUUUUUUGUUUUGUUUUUUGGAAACCAGCAGAUACAUGGCAACUAUCUCCCACUAAAUGCAAUUUGGGUAAUUCAUUAAAUUUUGUAUAGUAUGUUCAGACUUCAAUUUAGAAACUGUUUAGGUUAGUUUCAACAUUAAUUUUACUUUCUAAGUUAAUGUUACCACAUCAGCCUAGAUCCUUACCAGAACAUGAGAAAAAUCUUAGGUAAUAAACCUCUGUUGUUUCUACUUAGUUAUCAAAGGAUGGGAAUGAUGGAAUCAUUUGUUAAAGGUGGAAGAAUUUCAAUCACAUGUUACUCAGGAUAUCUGUGUUGAUUUUGUGACUUCUGGAGACUUUUUUGUUUUUCUGGUACUAUUAAGACAAAAGAUUUUCAGCAUGUACGAAGACCUAGAUAAAUUUCAGUGUGCAUUGGCAAGAAUCAGUAGUUUUAAAUUCCCAAAGUAGUUUUCCUAAAUUGUUACAGUUAUUAAAAAAAUUGCUUUUUGCAGAUUUUCCCACUUUGGGAAUAGCUUUUACAUUUUCAGCAUCCCAUAUAUGCUAUGACAGCACAGCUCUAAUAUUGUAAACAUUUUUGGUCAUCCAGUUUUUACUGGAAAUUUGUAGUUACUAAAAUAUUAAUUUGAUGAGUAGUUUUGUACAAGCCAUAUCUUUUAAGAAGCAAAAGGUGAACCUUAGACUUGAGUUGCAUGUAGAAGCUGCUGCUGCACUGUGAUCUCUGGGGCUUUGUGUGGGCCCAGACCUCUGCCCAUGGCUGCAGGGUCAGAAUCCAGCCCUGAGCCUCCCUCUUCCAAACCACCCCUAACAAGACCUUGCCAUUGAUAUGAAGCCAAAUCCAGCUUAAGCUGAAAAAGAUGCAUCUCUAGCUGAGCAAAUGGUGUUCUGUGUGCCCACUCUGACUUUAUUUGCAAAUCUGAUUUACAGCCUGUGGCAGUGGGUAAUUUGGAGAACUGCAAACAUACAACCAUGAUUGAAAAGUCCAUCACCUGCCUGACAGUUCUACUCUGCCAUGCAGGUGUUGGGGUUUUAUUUCUGACUUUUAUUCUGCAGUGCUUUUACAGAGACCCAGCAUCAGCAGCUGUGACACAGACAUCUGGGAGUGUUCCUGUGCCAGUGUCAAAGCCGAGUUGUCAGGGCAAGGAGUUGCUCUGUAGCCAUCACUUUCACUGCUGCGAAGAAAUGAUGUGUGAAGAGGUAACAGGUUUCACAUUGCAAACAACACUCUUCUGUUGGCAUGGUCACACUGAGAAUUUGUUUCCUUUGUGUGCUGGGUGAGUAAAUACCUUCCUGUGGUAGCUGUGAGAGGAUCAGUCCCUUUCCUCUGUGCAGGAGCAGGAUGUUAAACACCAGCCACUGUGAGAUGCUGGCAAGUGGACUCAGGCCAUCAAGGUGUGACCACCUCUGGCUGAUGUCACGAGUUGGUUUUGACAGACAGUCACAAACCCAAAGCUGGAUAUCACAAGUGACUAUACUUAGGAAGAAAAUAAAAGAUGCUUCCCACCAAAGUCUUAUUAAUUUGUCAAAAAUGUAUGUAUUCGUAGUAGCAGGUGGUCAAUAACAGAUGAUAGCCUCCUCUGUGUAAAUUAAUGGCUGUAAUUCACUUGAGGGGAUCUGCUGAUGUCAUAAGCUGCCAGAGUGUAGCUUGAGUGAUUUAUUAACAGCUGCAGAAACCCUAGGCUGAAUUACAUCCUUGUAUUCACUUAGGGUCUGCAGAUAUUUAUUUAUAAAAUGUGUAGGUUUGAAUUUCUUGAUGCAUAUAGAGAUGUCUUCUGUGACUCCAAUGUAGGGGCACAGUGAAAAAAUGCUGAGUAUAAAAGCUCAGAUGCCUGCCCAUGAUUAAAGGCAAAUUUUCUCCACUGCUGCAUGUCAACAUAAUCCCUUUUCUUUAUGUUUGAAAUCAGCUAAUCAGUAUCUGUAGAGGUUUACAUAAGUCCUGUUUUGGGUUUUGUUUCUCCCCACCAUCAAAUAUAAAUGAUGUCGUUAUCUUCACGUGCAGGAACCUCUGUCACUCGAUGUUGUCGUCACAGCCUCUGUGCACAUUGGGCUGUGUCCAGCCCAAAAAGCUGGGAGAGGGUUGAGGAGUUCAACUGUAAGUGCUAUCUGUAAUAAUAACUGGAUUUUGCUGUUUAGAAAGAAGGCAAUGGACACAGAAGGCUAGAAAAGGUGCCUGGAAACCAAAACUGUUUGUGUACGGGAAGGGGAUUCUCCAUGUUCAGGGAGAAAACCUUCCUUUCUUCCAUGAAAAUGGUGAAAAUAAAAUUUUUCUGAAUAGGGAUCCUAGAUUUAUUACACCCUUCUAACAUAUGAACAUAUGUAAGCAAAUGAAACAAUAAUAAUUUCAAUUCCUUUUUCCUUCUCCCCAGAAAAUUGGAGCUGAUUAGGAUGAUAUUAAAUCCUGUUUCUCAAAUAAAGGAUGCAUUUCCAAAAUGAACAACUUCAAAACCUUUGUGGCUGGGAUGGCAUCAUGCUCUGUACUGUCCGGGUUCGGCUGGACUGAGAUGCAGCCACCAUCAGCAAGACAAAGGCAGAUAUAAUGAAAACGGGAACUAACCCAAAGAAUUAAGGGGACCGAGCAGCAUCUGAUGAGAGCUGGAAGGAAAACCCGGCUGGUGUUUCCGAGUGCUUAUGGCCAUCUCAGCUGCAAAUGACCGGUUCCAGGAUGCCAGGAUGCCAGGAGGAGUGAAUGACAUUUACCCAAUACUACUUUGGGCAAGGAAGAGUCAAUGUACUCCUCCCUACCCAACCUGAAUCAACAAAUAAAUGACUUUACCUCCUCUUUAAUUACAGAAUCUGAACUGCAAAUGUCAAUCAGCUCAGAUAACCAGUGUCUCCUCAGGGAAGAGAGCCAGGGAGCUCCUCAGUGGGAUCUAGAAAAGGAAACACCUGUUGGCACUCAAGCAGAAUUUAUUAAAUUCCAGCCAGAUCCCACCCACUGUGCUGAUCUUCUUCACCUGCACUUCCAACAAGAUGAGGUGGUAUGCACAGUGCAGAGUGCCAUGUGGACCUUGGGUUAUGACUUUGUUGGAGCACAACAAGCAAGGGGGACUGAAGCUGCCCUUCUGACAAGUAAGAAAAGCUAUAUUGCAGUGGAUCUGAAGUUGAUAUAAGAGAGCAUUUCUUCUGGGAAGAGAAGCUUCCCUGUAAGGCCAACCCUGAAGAUGUGGACUGCCAUUGUGUUCUUCCUGCUGAUUUCCAUCUGUAUAUGUGAACACAGGUUUUCUGUCCUGAAAGGGAGAGGAGUCCAUGUAGUACAUAUAAACAGACUUACAAGUGAAGAGCAAUGCAGGCAGGCUUGUCAGAGCACAGGGAGCCAUGACUGUAAUUGGUCUGUGCCCUACCAAAAUCACUGCCUCCUCCUGCAAUGUUACCAGCUGAGUGUGUGCCAGAAUGCUGGAGAACAAGACAUCAAAGACCUGCUUGCAGAAAUUGUCAGCAGCAAAUGGGAACCAGCCCUGUUUCACCACCAGAGCCAUCUCCAGAAAACAGAGAGGAUGCUGAAUGCAGGGAUUGACCAACACAGUGUGGAAAACACAUUUUCUUUAAUUGCUCAGGCUCACAAUAUUCAUUUGAGGCGUUUGCCUGGGAUUGAGAAGAGAGAUGUCAAAAUAAGUACAAGAAAACUAACUGCAAGCAAUGCUACCACCACUGCCCCUGCCAUAACAAUAAACAUUACAAAUGCAACUUUCUCUACCACUUAUGAAGCAAUUGCCAAAGCCUCAAACACCCCUGGAGGUUCUGAUACCUUUACUACAGCCAUGUCAUCCUCUGCUUUUUCUCCCCCUCGCGGUAACAUCUCUGCUCCCAUUUCCAGCAAUGUCGCCCAGAUGGUGAUGACCAGCCAAAAAUUACAAAAUAGUAGCUCUGUCUCAGUAUUGUCCCCCACUUCUGCUCCCCUCACUGUUACUUCUGAAGCAGGUACCCAAGCACAGCAGCCUAGGUUGGGUACCACCAGCAGCAGUGCUCCUUACCCUGACAGCCUCACCAGUGCUGAAGAUGACCUGAAGAUGCUGAGCACAACACUGAGCACCCCCAUCCUGCAGGAUGUAGCAACAUCUUCUAGUGCUUCCAUGCGUACCAUGGCACCCAUCCCAACAGAGAGUUCUCACUCUGUGAAUCCAGUGCAUGCUGGCACGUCACCAGAGCUAAAGCCAGAGGCAAAUACAGCCACAGCAUCCUUGAAUGAAUCAGCUUCUCCUCUGGGCUCUACAAGAGGUGCCAUGGUUUUAACUACAACCUCUACAGUAGCAACUACGACGGAACAUGGGCUAAAGUCAACAUCUGAUGUCUUUUCAACAACCAUGGCUCCAACAGAUGCAGCCAAAACAACAGCUUUGGGCCUCACAGAAGCUCAGCACACAGACAACGAGUAUCUUCUCAUUGCUGCUGAGCCCCUGACUCAGUACUUAGUGGAUGAAAGUUCACUACUUGCAGUGCUUUUAGUUGGUACAUUCUUUUUCUUAACUGUUAUAAUUCUUUUCCUCAUGCAGGCCUAUGAGAGCUACAAGAAGAAAGAUUACACACAAGUGGAUUACCUGAUCAAUGGAAUGUAUGUGGACUCAGAGAUAUGAAGAGGUGGGGAUGAAUAGUAGGCAAGAGAUGGAAAGGAGAAUCAAAGUUUGCAUGACUUGUUUUUCCUUUCUAUCUGCCUAUAACACAAACUGAAAGUGCUUCCAAAUUUACUUGUAGUGCAAUUGAGGAGAAAUGCCAUGUACUGUAUUAAGAAAAAAUAAUAGUUUUUUAUUCAAUUGUGCAACAGGUUGCUGUAAAACCAUUAAAAAAAGGAAUAAUUUUUAACAUUUUCAUAAUGCACAGUAGCUUUGGCCAUUAUAGUUCAUUGCAAAGCAAAUCUAACAAGGUGUAAGUUGCCAUCCUCUGAAAAUGCUAUAGUGCUUUUCAGCUGUUUACAGUGCAGGUUGUGUUUCAUCAGUUUCACGUGUGCUCCUCUGAAAACAGAGCAAAGGAUGCUGUCACCUUUUGUGAAGUGCCCCCAGAUAGCCAGGUGAAAAGUGUGGAGUACUGUUGCAACAGGGGACUUCUAAUGCAGUGUGUGUCAUAUUUCAAUGUGCUUCUUGCUUAUGAAGAAGUCUGUUUACAAGGUAUUGUAAACUCUGUUUACUGCUAACCCAAGGUAUCUUUUCACCAGAGUGGAUUACUGUGCCUCUGCACUUAAAUGAUCUUAUUUUUAUAUUCAGUUAAUAAACAGAGCCCUGGAAGGGCAGAUCUUC